AUGAAGCUGGAGGCGGUCAUGGAGAACCUGCAGCGGGCGCAGGCGGCCCGGCUGGCCGAGGACGAGAGGCUGCGGCGGGCCGCGAAGGAGCGAGACAUCCGCUCCUCGGUGGACGCGAAGGAGCGAGGUGUCCAAGAGCGGGCUGGGACUUUGGCGCGGGUUCCCACGUGGUUCCGGGCAGGGGUCAGCUCGCAGCCUCCGGACUCGCUGAACGGAACCUGCCGGGCCGAGCGGGACCGAAGCCAGAACGCCGACAUGGAAGAUGAAGAAGAUGAAGAUGGAGAAGAAGAAGAAGAUUUCUUCAAGCAGUCUUUGAUGAAAGAAGCGGGAAGAAGCGCUUCGGUGAUGACGGGCAGAAUCCCGCCAAACUCCGUCUUUUCCCGCCAAACGGAAUCUCCAUGUGGACCUCAGAACCAUGAGUGGACCUUUGAGGAGCAGUUCAAACAAUUGUAUGAACUUGAUGAGGAUGAAAAGCGCAAAGAAUUCCUCGAUGACCUUUUUAGUUUCAUGCAGAAACGAGGGACUCCAGUGAAUCGUAUUCCCAUCAUGGCCAAGCAGGUGCUGGACCUCUACGCGCUCUACCAGCUGGUGACGGACAAAGGAGGCUUGGUGGAAGUCAUCAACAAGAAAAUAUGGCGGGAGAUCACUAAAGGCCUCCACCUUCCCACCUCCAUCACCAGCGCCGCCUUCACGCUUCGAACACAGUACAUGAAGUACCUUUAUCCGUAUGAAUGCGACAAGCGAGGACUGAGCUCGCCAGGUGAGCUCCAGGCCGCCAUCGACAGCAAUCGGCGGGAAGGUCGACGUCAGAGUUACGGGGCGGCCAUCUUGAACUUCCCUCCUGUGGACACGCCCACUCUUCUGUCUUCCAACGUGCAACUUUCUCGUCUGCCAAACAACAACAUGCCGCACAUCAUGAAGAAAGGCGACUCGGCGGCCAGCAGGACGCUCCAGGCCGAGUCCCCCGCUGACCACGGAGCUUCGUGUGGCGCUCUGCUGCACCUCAGGGAGCCUCCUGAGAAGAAGAUGAUGACGGAGGAGCAGAGGACCCUCGUCAUGCAGCACGCGCUGCAACACAACCUGCUGGCCGUGGCUACACAAGUGCCUCUCAGCAUCCAAGUCGACAACAGAGAUGAUGGACAAGAGCGCGCAUUGAACCUGUCUACCAGCGGCAUUAGCAGCAUCAACAUGUCAAUAGAAAUAAAUGGACUUGUCUACACAGGUGUGCUUUUUGCUGGCCAGUCAUCCAUAGCAGGAAUGACAGGACACGGUGGUAAAACACACAGCGACUGUCCCACUCAGGCAAAGAGCAGUCCCGUGCACUUCCAUCCAUCGUGUUCUUCCUCGUCUUCAUCUUCGUCCUCUGUCCAUGAACACAGAAUCUCUGUGUCCUCACCCUGA